GCUCCUCCCCUUCGCUGCUCCGCCCCCGGCCGCGUUGGCGCCCGAAUCAAAUCCGCGCCCACGCCGGAAGAGCCGCCGCGCGCCAUGUCGAAGAAAAAAGGACUGAGUGCAGAGGAAAAGAGAAGCCGCAUGAUGGAAAUAUUUUUUGAGACGAAAGAUGUAUUUCAGUUAAAAGACAUGGAAAAGAUUGCUCCCAAAGAAAAAGGCAUUACGGCUAUGUCAGUAAAAGAAGUCCUUCAGAGCCUCGUUGAUGACGGCAUAGUUGACUGUGAGAGGAUCGGAACCUCCAAUUACUAUUGGGCUUUUCCUAGUAAAGCUCUUCAUGCGAGGAAACGGAAGCUGGAGGUCCUGGAGUCCCAGUUAUCAGAGGGCAACCAGAAGCAUGCAAACCUCCAGAAGAGCAUCGAGAAAGCUAAAGUUGGCCGGCAAGAGACUGAAGAGCGGACCAUGUUAGCAGAAGAGCUUUCUUCACUUCAGAAGCAAAGGGAACAGCUAAAGGCAGAAGUCGAGAAAUACCGAGAAUGUGACCCCCAAGUUGUGGAAGAAAUACGUCAAGCAAAUAAAGUAGCCAAAGAAGCUGCUAACAGAUGGACCGAUAAUAUAUUUGCAAUAAAAUCUUGGGCCAAAAGGAAGUUUGGACUCGAAGAAAAUAAGAUUGAUAAGAAUUUCGGAAUUCCAGAGGACUUUGACUACAUAGAGUGAAGUGCUUCAUGUUGCUGCCCCAUGUCUGCCUGUGAAUAUGUGAAUGUUUUCUAGUAUCCGGCUAAAUGUACCGAACUCUCAUUUACAUGUAACUUAUGUUUAUCGGGUUAAAUAAAGUUUAGAUUGCUUUACACUGA